AUGACCAUAUCUGACAUUACUAAGGAUGGGAAGGUCCUUAAGAAGAUCUUGAAGGAAGGAGAUGGAUAUGAACGGCCAAAUGAUGGAGCUGUGGUUCAAGUGAAACUUAUCGGCAAGCUACAAGACGGAACCGUCUUUCUUAAGAAGGGUCAUGAUGAUGAUCAACCAUUUGAGUUCAAAAUUAAUGAAGAGCAAGUAAUUCAUGGACUUGAUAGAGCUGUGAAGUUGCAUUGGUGGUCAUACAGCCCGAUUGAGCUGGUUUCCUUUGUAAAGGAAAAGGAAUCUUGGGAUAUGAAUACUCAAGAGAAGAUUGAGGCAGCUGUAGAGAAAAAGGAAGAAGGUAAUGCAUUAUUCAAAGCUGGUAAAUAUGAAAGAGCAUCAAAGAGAUAUGAAAAGGCCAUGAAGUAUAUUGAGUAUGAUUCCACCUUUAGUGAUGAGGAGAAACAGCAGGCCAAACCAUUGAAAAUUACAUGCAAUCUUAACAGCGCAGCCUGUAAGCUGAAACUCAAGGACUACAAACAGACAGAAAAGUUUUGCACCAAGGUGUUAGAGCUUGAUAGUAGAAAUGUAAAAGCACUAUAUCAUAUUAAGAAAGCCCUUGAAAUUGAUCCAGAUAACAGGGAUGUGAAGAUUGAAUACAAAAUAUUGAAGGAAAAAGUGAGAGAAUAUAGCAAGAAGGAUGCACAGUUUUACGGAAAUAUAUUUGCGAAAAUGAAUAAAGUAGAACAAGCAAGAACUGCAGAAGCAAAGCAGGAACCCGUGGCGAUGGCUGUGGAUAGUAAAGCUUAA